CCCUCGAGGCUUGGCGUCCAAGUACCAACCUGCCUUGUCCUCGUCGUGACUCGCCGAUGACGCAACGUAUAAAUACGCGCCACGGGGAAUCAAACCGGUGCGGGGCUUCUAGUUCUACCUCUGCUAGCUGCUACUGCCGCUGCAUCUUCUUUCGUCUUCUUCUUCUUCUUCACUCCGCGGAGAGCAGUCUUCGAGGAGCGGUGGUCCCGGAGACAAGCUCCUUGAUCGGUACGGCUCCGCGCGCGAUCGUUAUCGUGAGAAGUGGAUGAAUCUCGUACUGCCACAGGUCGAAUCGGAAGGGAGGAGGUAGCAAAGGAGAGGAAGGAGAAACGCAGCGGGCGCAGAUCUCACGGAGACGCCGAUCUCGGGUCCUGGCCGUCAGACCCGCUUUAACCUCCGAUCGACUUGGAGGACUCCUCUCGCGAGGACUAAAUUCGCUAUCAAAACCCCUUCGGCACGCUCUCGGGGCUCAUCGCGAGAUGUGGCGGUUGUCAAUAGUGAUCGGUAUGAUCGCGAUCGUGAGGGCCGGGCCGUACGACAGGAUGGGGGACGCGAUGAACGACAGAACGCUGUUCAUCAGGAGUCUGCCGGGUUAUCCUGGGACCAGGAGCGAUCUCUACGAAGUCUACAUGGAACCGUAUUAUUUCGCAAUCGGUCUGAGAGCCGUGGUGGAGAUGAAAGCUCUCGAUGAGGACGGCUCGCCGGUGGAUGGGCCCCGAGGGAUGCUGACGUUGGAGCAGCAUCCCGAGGGGGUCAGGGUCACGGGCAAUAUCACGGGAUUGAACCCGGGCUUGCACGGAUUCCACGUGCAUGAGAAAGGGGAUCUGAGGAAAGGUUGCAAUUCGGCCGGUCCGCAUUUCAAUCCGUACAUGGUGAAUCACGGCGCACCGAGCGAUCCGUUACGUCACGUCGGCGAUCUCGGCAAUAUUGAGGUCGGGGAGGACGGAGUGGCGAAUAUCGACGGCAUGGAUCACUAUCUGAGCCUGGUCGGCGUCCGGGGUGCGAUCGGCAGGGCCAUAGUGGUCCACGAGAAACCAGACGACCUCGGCCGCGGCGGGACCGAGGAGAGCCUGAAGACCGGAUCGUCGGGCGAGCGUGUCGCCUGCGGCGUCAUCGGGUUCUUGUAAAAGGUUUUCGAUGAACGCGGCGAAUUCGGCUACUGCAUGCACUAUAAAUACGCACUGAAAGCUGCCGUACUCAACUCGCGUAAAAAGAUAUAUACUGCGCGCAUAUGCGAGAUCUUCGGCAUACACUUGCCGCACACUUUAGCAUGCGAUAUUCCUUGCUGAAGACCAAAAAAUAACGUCUUUUCUAUCUAAAUUCAGUCGGAACAUCGCUGUGUCUCUUAGCAAUUUUUUUGUAUAUUUUUUAAUACUAUUUUAAAUAAUUAAAAAUACUAUAUUUUAAUACUAAUAUUUUGCACAACUAUUCCGAGUCACGACACAAGAGAAUCUCCGUUAAAAUUGAAAUAAUUUAAAAAAGAAAAAUUAUAAAUAUUUGUUAUCUACGUAAUGUUUAUUCAUUUGUUAUUGAUGAAAAUAGCGUAAGAAUCUGUUCUUAAAGCUGGAUAUUACGUAAAAUAAAAUUUAAUCAUUACGAAUGUUAUUCAAAUAACAUACAAUUGUUAUAAUGUAACUAAUUUUAUCCAAUUAAAGUAAUUACUUGUAAUUAUCUCGACGUUGACAGCUAAAUUUAUGUAUUCGUACAACAGCCCGCAGAUUGUGCGCACUAGUGCAUCCACUCCAAAUUCGCUAAAAGAGAUGUUGCGUAUCGCAACUUCGUUUCACACUGCUAAUUUAAUUCCGCCCAUUUGUACCGAUCAAUAAAUCACGAAUUGAGCACCUAUCAAA